UCGGGAACGCAGCUACCUCGCGACCCGCCGGGCGAGAUCGACGACAGACAACCAACAAAAAGACCUCGAUACCGACAAGCCCGCAAUCAUGGCGGCAACCGACUCCCCGUUGGUCAAUGGGCACAAGUCCGACAAGAAAAGCAAGAAGGACAAGAAGGAGAAGAAGCGCCUGCGCGAGGAGGAUGCCGAGGCUGGCGAGGAGCGCAAGCACAAGCGAACCAAGAGCAUAGGCGUGGCGCAGGACGAUGAUGAUGACGAAGAAUCUCCCGUGGCAUCCCAGGACCUUUCCCUGGCCGCCUUGACGAACACCACCAACGACGAGCCGUCGCCCGAGAAAAAGAAGAAGAAAGACAAGAAGCACAGAAAGUCGGUAGGAGACGCCGCGGAAGAUGCGUCGGACGCCGAGCGCAAGGAGAAGAAGGACAAGAAGAAGAAGCGCAAGUCACAACACAAGGAGGCCGAGGACGACGUCGAGGGCUCCUUCGCCGAUGCCGCCGCCACACCGGCAAGCGAAAAGAAGGAAAAGAAGACCAAGAAGACUAAGGCAGCUACCCCCGAACCCGUAGCCGACAACGACGACAACGACGAUGCCAUGGACGUCGACUCCCCGGCCAAGACGAAAUUAACAUCUCGAGUCCACCAACCCCCCGACGCGCCCUCCAAGCCCUCGUUCCCCUUCUUCACCCAGACCGUCUCCCUAUACCUCCCCCUCUACCCCGUCGGCUGGGACACGCCCUGCACGGCCGCCGCGUCGCAGCACCUCGAGCCGCUCGUGAACCGCUACGUCCCGGAGCUCAAGGGCGUCCUCCUCGCCUUCCGCAACGUUGCCGUCUCGGAGCAGCCCGGUCGCCGCUAUGCCGCCACAAACGACAGCGAGCACUGUGACCUCGUCUCCGUCGACGAGUACGCCGUCGGCUUCGGCUACGUCACCGUCGACGUCGAUCUCUUCCUGCCCCGCCGCGGCGCCUGGAUGGAAGGAAGCAUCAACCUCGAGAACGAGGGCCACAUCGGCGUCGUCUGCUGGGGCAAAUUUAACGCCAGCAUUGAGUCGGCCCGCCUGCCGCCUGAAUGGCGCUGGGUCCACGCCGGUUCCGCCGAGGCGGCGUCCUACGUCGCCGACCCCUUCGACAACGACAACGACGACAACGCCUCAGCGCGCGCCGCUGAGGACGAGCACGGCGCCGUGCGUCAGAUCCAUACGACGGGUUUCUGGGUCGACGGCGCCGGCGACAAGGUCAAGGGCCGCGUCCGGUUCCGCAUCAAGGCCUUCGACGUCGGCGUUAGCGGCGACCACGGCUACCUCAGUCUCGAGGGCACCAUGCUCGACGCCGCCGGCGAGAAGGCCGCCAUCCAGCACGAUGCUGACCAGGAGCGCAGGCGCCGCGCCGGCAAGAGCGGCGGUAUUCUCUCCAAGGAACGCCGCCGCAUGCCCGAGUUCAGCGUGACCAAGUUCGGCGUGGUCGAGGACGAGGAGGACAAGGCGCUGCGGCAGGACGUGUGGAACACGACGGAGCCGGUGACGGACAACGAGGCCGGGGGCAAGGAGGCGUUUACGGGCAUCUCGGCUGAGGAGGCGUAGGAGAAAUGCCGGCCGAUGACCGGAGGGCCUUUUCUUUCUCUGCGUCAACGAUUCCCCCUUCCCUUGGGAUGAUGGCUUUUAUUCGGGCGUUUUGAGGAAUAGGGAAAAACUUUUGACAAUGAUACAACACUUACACGCCCAUGUCCGGAUAAUGUUGGGCUCGGGAAGCAAAGGGACUGUACUUUUUGUAGUGUCACUGUUGCAGCUCUCCAACUGCAAACCGAACUACUCUUGGAUGAUCCGUACGCUUAUGAGCGCGCUUGACGCUGCGCCGCGUAGUAUUGUUGUGCCCGGAAGAGAGAGCAUUCGUGCCUUCGCCGUUCUUGACUCGCAUGAUCGUUGUGGGUUCGUAUCUUCCUGUUUCUUAGCAGAGCCAGCCAUCCCAUGAAAUUCGUACGAGAGGGUCUCCGUCGACGGAGAUCAGACCAGAUCCACGCCCCGGCCGUCUUCCGACCUGCGAUAUCCAGCUCUGCGUCCCAAUCGCCCUUCCGAUCCCUCGCACGCCACCAUCUUCUUAUGCCGGAACGCCAUCUUCUUCAAAGUGCCACAAAAGAGCCAAAGAUUGCAUGUAAGCAAUGAGCUCCGGCACUUCGACGAAGUCGCCAUAGCGAGCCCAAGUCUCGGGGCCGAUGCGUCCUAUAAAACCCUCC